GACGAGCUGGUUGGGAGAAGAGGAAAAAAAGUUUUGAGACUUUUCCGCUGCCUCUGGGAGCCGAAGGCGCGGGGACCGCAACGCGCAGCGCUGCUCCGCGAGGCAGGACUUGAGGACCCCAGACAGCAGCAGCCCCCGCCACCACCUCGGACGCUUGCUCCCUCCCUGCCGCCUACACGGCAUUCCCCAGGCGCCCCCAUUCCGGACCAGCCAUCAGGAACCGCAAACCCGAUUCCCGCGAAGACUUGACCCCAGACUUCGGGCGCACCCCCUGCACGGCCCCCCAACUCCCCAGCCUCUCUCCUGAGCCCCCGCGCAUCCGAGGACCCUUCUCCGGUAUCCGGGAUCUCUCUCAGACUUGCCUCAGCUUUCCUCUUCAAGAUCACCCAUCUCUAGUACCAGAGCUCACCCAUCUCGGUUUUUUUCCGUGGGAUACCGAGAACCCACCCAUCAGAGCCUCCCCUCCAGCUCUGCUCCGUUCUCCCUGAAGGCCUCAACUCUCCCCGCAAACAGACCCUCCUACCUUUUCCUCGGGAGACCCCCGCCCACCCCAGCCCCUGUAGGGGCGGGGCCUCCCUCUUCCCACCCCAGUCCAGCUCGCGCUCUCGGCUGUGCCGGGGGGCGCCGCCUCCCCCAUGCCGCCCUCGGGGCUGCGGCUGCUGCCGCUGCUGCUGCCGCUCCUGUGGCUACUAAUGCUGACGCCUGGCCGGCCGGUCGCCGGACUGUCCACCUGCAAGACCAUCGACAUGGAGCUGGUGAAGCGGAAGCGCAUCGAGGCCAUCCGCGGCCAGAUUCUGUCCAAGCUUCGGCUCGCCAGUCCCCCGAGCCAGGGGGACGUGCCACCCGGCCCGCUGCCCGAGGCCAUACUGGCCCUUUACAACAGUACCCGCGACCGGGUGGCCGGGGAAAGUGCCGAAACGGAGCCUGAGCCAGAGGCGGACUACUACGCCAAGGAGGUCACCCGCGUGCUAAUGGUGGAAUACGGCAACAAAAUCUAUGACAAAAUGAAGUCUAGCUCGCACAGCAUAUAUAUGUUCUUCAACACGUCUGAGCUCCGGGAAGCGGUGCCUGAACCUGUGUUGCUCUCUCGGGCAGAGCUGCGCCUGCUGAGGCUCAAGUUAAAAGUGGAGCAGCACGUGGAGCUGUACCAGAAAUAUAGCAACAAUUCCUGGCGCUACCUCAGCAACCGGCUGCUCGCCCCCAGCGACUCACCGGAGUGGCUGUCCUUUGACGUCACUGGAGUUGUGCGGCAGUGGCUGACCCACAGAGAGGAAAUAGAGGGCUUUCGCCUCAGUGCCCACUGUUCCUGUGACAGUAAGGAUAACACGCUUCAAGUGGACAUUAACGGGUUCAGUUCCGGCCGCCGGGGUGACCUCGCCACCAUUCACGGCAUGAACCGGCCCUUCCUGCUCCUCAUGGCCACCCCUCUGGAGAGGGCCCAGCACCUGCACAGCUCCCGCCACCGCCGAGCCCUGGACACCAACUACUGCUUCAGCUCCACAGAAAAGAACUGCUGUGUUCGUCAGCUCUACAUUGACUUCCGGAAGGACCUCGGCUGGAAGUGGAUUCACGAACCCAAGGGGUACCAUGCCAAUUUCUGCCUGGGGCCCUGCCCUUACAUCUGGAGCCUGGACACGCAGUACAGCAAGGUCCUGGCCCUGUACAACCAGCACAACCCGGGCGCGUCGGCGGCGCCGUGCUGCGUGCCUCAGGCGCUGGAGCCCCUGCCCAUCGUGUACUACGUGGGCCGCAAGCCCAAGGUGGAGCAGUUGUCCAACAUGAUCGUGCGCUCCUGCAAGUGCAGCUGAGGCCCCGCCCCACCCCAACAGCCCCCGCCCCAUAGGCCCCGCCCACCCGGCAGGCCCGGCCCCGCCCCCGCCCGCCUCACCAGGACUGUAUUUAAGGACACAGCACCCCGGCCCCCCCCAUCAAGCCCACCUGGGGUCCAUUAAAGGUGGCGAGAGGAUUGGGUCUCUGUGUCGUUGGGCGCCAGACGGCGUUCUCCCUUCCGACGUUCUCUCACCCCCCCACCUCCAUCUGCCUCCUCCUGUCUUCGUCCACCAUUCAUUUGCCCCUCUUCACACAAAAACUUCCUUUGCGCUUGUUAUGUUCCUCACUACUACUGAACAUUUAGAUUUAUUUAUUGUUAGGUUUCUUGACUGAGCACCUUGGACCCUAUUUUAAGUGUUUUACAUUAAUUAACUUUUGAAACCACCAUAACAAAGCUCUGAGAUAAAGAGAUUGAUAAUACCCACUUUAAGAAAACCGAAGCCGAGAGAGGUUAAGGAAUUGUUCCUGCCCACUAAGAACCUACUUUCUGGGGAGGAGACAGACAUAGUAGCAUUGUGCAAAAAUAGGAAAGCAGGAUGGGCUAGAGAUGGCUUUGGGGAGGAGGGAAGGCUUCUUGGAGGAGGUGGCAUUUGGGACUUGAAGGAAGCCAAAGUGGCAGCUUGGAGGAGGAUGGGGGAGGGUGUUCUUGGUAGGAGAACAAAAGCAAAGGCCUGGAAGUGAAGAUGAACUUGGGGUAAGCUACACAGGAAAGAGGCCAGUGCGGUUAGAAGGGAGGGGCAUAGGGAAGGGUGUUAAGAUCUGAGUCAGAAAGUAAC